ACUGUUGAAUGAUGCCGCGGCGUGAAGAUCGGUGUCAUAGUAAGAUGGAUUGCCGGGACGAGCAGGACAUAAGCCUCUCGAAUAUAUUCGAAGAGUUCUGCCUAAGCGACAAGGAGAACAGCCAGCAUGAUACGCCGCCGUCUGACGAUCUACGGCCGUGCAAAGUGCCCCAAGUGCCACUGGCACCAACAUCACCAAGACAGGACAGUCCAAGACCUAGACCAACAUCACCGGACAAGCUCUUGGACUAUCAAAGUGACGAUAGUAGCAUCCUUUGUAUUGUGGACUCCAGUUCAUCAUCAUCCUUGUCAUCGUCGCCGUUUAGCUUCCUACGGUAUUCCGACUACUACACCUCGUCCGAUGAGGUCGAAGUAGUGGGCAGUACCGAGUAUCUGGAGGAUAUCACCAUCGGGGAGACAGAUGAAAGUGUUUCAGUUCCUAGCCCCAAAUUGGAAUCACCUUCAACACCCAGUAACAGUAACAAUAGUACCAAUACCAGUACCAGGAGCAGUACCAGUGGCAGGAGUAUGAAUACCACACGAUCGGCAACGAAACGCCGGACACCGGGGGAUGUGGUGCCGGUGGUGCCGACCAAGAAACAACUCAUCGGUAGAGGGCAUGAUAUGAAAAUGAAAAGAAAAUCCAUCUGCGAGGAACAUCGUGCCUCGAAGGCAGUGGCCCCACCAUCCAGCCCCAUGCCGCAAGUCACUCGCAGUGGCCGUACCGUUCACGUCCGCCUGGACAUGAAAUUCGAUUAUUCCUCCUCGCAGCCCGAGGACGGGGAGGAUGAGACUUUCUCCAAUUCGUUGGACAGCGAUGAUGAGGACUAUCAGUUGGUUCUGAACCGCGAGAAACCAAAGUGGUCGUCACGCAAGCACCGUCGCCUCAUGAGUAACUGCAGCACCAGCAGUGCCAGCGAAACAAAUAGCUACUGCCCGGAGCCGGAGGAACCGGCCUAUAUCUAUCUGGAGCUGGGGCAGCCAGUGGUUAUAGUGCGUGACCAGCCGGAGGACGGGGUGGGCCUGGAAAACGAUGCGGAUCUGAAGACCAAGAUGCACAAGUUUCUGGGUCUCAUAGCGGCGCGUCGUCGUCUCUACAAUCCGAACCAGAACUAUGACAUGGACGACCCGGAAGAGGAAAAAGCCGCCUCCACAUGGCAGCCCAGCGCCCUCUUUCAAUCGUCCACACCCGUCAAGAAGCCCAUCCCCACAGCUCCAGUUCUAACGCCCAGUCGCCUGGUGGCGCCCAGUAUUUCAAAAACGACCACCUGGUCGUCCCUCAACAUAUCCUACGCCCAGCCGCCCACUCUCGAGGAGAAGCAGACCAAAUAUUAUGGGGAUCUGGUGCUGAAUGCCAAUGCCAGUUACAUAGAGUCCGAUACUCCGGACUACAUCAAGGAACCGAUCGAUCUUACCGAGCUUCCAGCCGAAAAGAUACGCAAUAAGAUCUGUCGUCGCCACAAGUCCAGCAUCGCCUGCCUGGAGACGAAGCCGCUCUUCUACAGAUUCGUCGAAUCUCUGAAUCCUGCCAUACCCACGCAUAUGUGCCAUCCACUGGCGUUAAAAUACCGCGACUUCCAGAACUGCAAAGCCGACAUGGCCAAGGCUCUCUUCAAUGUCUUCAAUCACGGCAUCUUCCACUGCGGUCUGGAGCCGACUAUGGUGUGGAAGCGUGUCAUGACGCAGCCAUGCAUCUGCGAGAUGAUAAUCUCUGCCUCCGGCCAGCGCUCAACCCGGAUUCUGUUGUGGGAACAGAUCACCCAGCCGAGCAUGCUCAUCAAGCCGCUGCUCCACGAGAUGUGCCAUGCCGCGGCGUUCAUGUAUAACCGGGAAGCCGGACACGGCGACAAUUGCCGUCGAUGGGCCUACCAGGCCAAGCACCUAAUGCCGGAUGUGCCCACCAUCGAUGCAUGUGAGCCGGACGUCAAGUACAUAUGUACGAUGUGUGUACGCUGUUCCUAUGGCCGGAUUCGCUUUAGUCCGGGGAUCUUGGCCCAGUUACGCUGUCAUUACUGCCAGUUCGAGGUGACCGUAGAGCCAUGGAGCACGGCUGAUAUGUAUAGGGGCACCCGGCCGGAUCCGGCAAUGACUUCGUUCAAGCAAUUCGUCCGGAAGCACUACCUAAAGACGGGCGAGGGUGAGGGCGGCGGCGGGGGCGAUAUGCUCCACAGCGCCAAGAUGCGGCUCCUCAACGAGCAGUUCAAGCAACUGGGAAAAACGGGAGCAACCGAGCGCAUGGAUGUGUCUUGUUCUUAAGUUUAUAUUUUUUUAUUGUUUAUCUUUUUAUUUUUUUUUUUUGCGCCAUUUAUUUUUUAUUUUUAAACGUUAUCUGCACGAAUAUUAUAUUUUUUUUUUUAAGUAGACGAUUUAAAAUUUAAAAUCAAAGAAAUGAAGUAACUAAAUGAAGGCAAUAUGUGCUGUGCUAUUUAAUAAUAGUAUCUUUUUUUUAAUCCUUUUUUAUUGCUCUUAAAAAAAAUCAAAAUUUAAGUUAA